CCUCGGGCGGCAUCGCCGUCAAGUUCCCGGGCCGUCUGGGCGAGGCUGCUGUGUACGGAAGCGGCUGCUGGGCCCAAGACCCAUGGGUCUGUCACGCCUGCGGUGACAUCCUGAACACUUCCAGGAGCAGAAACACCGCAAGAAGGCGACAUUCGUCACUGCCGCUGCCGUUUCCCCCUCGCCCGCCCGCGCACCUGCUUCCUUCACACCUCCGCAACGGCGCGCACCACAUCACCCGGGGGGGCUGCGACGCGUGCCGUUGCGUGCCGGGUUUUGCGGCUAGCGUGACGGGGGUGGGUGAGGCGGUGGUGCGAGCCGACCUGGCUCGGCAGUGUGCGGCGGAGGCGCUGACGGCGGCAGUGGCAGUCGCGAGGACGACGACGACGAGGAAGGAAAAGGCAGGGGAAGGGGCGGAGGUGUCUGGAAGGAAGACGCCUCUCGAGGAUGCUGACAGGGCGGCUGCGGCUGACAAGGAGCCAGUGGAGGAGGAGGGGCAUGAGGAUGCAUGGGAAGCAGCUGAGAGCGAUGACGGCAACGACGAGGAGGUUCCUCUGGCUGAGACCCUCUGCUCCACCCUUCUCGACCGAGUGACACGCUCCCAGUGCGGCCCUCGGGACUGCGGGGUGCUGGCGGCCCGGGUCAACAUACACACCGUCAAGCCACCGCUGCUACCAGUACCGGUUGUAUCGGUGCUGAUGCCACCACCACCACCACCACCAGCACCACCA